CCACCCGGACCCCUUGCACACUUGCGAGGAAAGCACCAGAGAAGCAGCGACAGCACUGAAGCCAAACCAUAUCUCCCGGCAGGCCCUGCGGAGAAGCGUGCCUUCUCAUUGGGCAGUGGCUAACAGCGUGCCUUUCCAUUGGGCAGCAGCUCCACCAGCCGUCAAAGCCGCUGCGCGCAGGGCACGGCGGGAGAGGAGGCCGCGGGAUUUGCGGCCGUACUUCAUCUCCCGGCGGGCCCAGCGCUGAAGGCGGUGGCGCGACGCCUUUGUGGAAGCCGGAGCCCACCGGGAGGAAGUUCCGGUCUCCGGGACGCUGGGUCCGUGGCGGCCACUGAGGAGGAGGAGGAGCGGGCCGCGGCGGCUACGCUGCUUUGGUACCACCGUGCUAGAGUUUGGUAGGAAAAAGAUCUACUUACUGAAGCUUUCUUGACAUAGAAAGAGAUGUGGGGGGAUUCUCGAUCUGCUAACAGAACAGGACCUUUUCGGACUGGGUGAAAGCUUUUUCUGCAGCAGUCAUGUUGAAAACCUUGUGUUGACUUACCUCGUGUUCUGAAAUGGGAGCAUAAAAGUUUACUCGGACACCUCAUCUUAAAAUAGCAAAACUUGCUGUUUUCUGCAGAUCUAGGACCUUGUUACAGAACUCUGCCCCCCAAAAUAUGUUUACAGAAGAAUAUGCUGUGAUUAGAGAAGAAUAUGCUGGUGUGUAGAUUUCAAACUCUCUGGACAAUAUGAAUAACCCUGUCUUUGUUUCUACAGUGGGAGCCAAGAAGAAAGGUUUGCUCCCGGGUGGAACAGGGAUUAUCCUCCUCCUCCUCCUCCCCUUAAGAGUCAUGCUCAAGAGAGACACUCUGGCAACUUUCCUGGCAGAGAUUCACUUCCCUUUGAUUUCCAGGGGCACUCAGGACCUCCCUUUGCAAAUGUAGAGGAGCAUUCUUUCAGCUAUGGAGCUAGAGAUGGACCACAUGGUGACUAUCAAGGAGGGGAGGGACCUGGACACGAUUUCAGAGGGGGAGAUUUUUCAUCUUCGGAUUUCCAGAGUAGAGAUUCAGCACAGUUGGACUUCAGGAACAGGGACAUACAUUCUGGGGAUUUUCGGGAUAGAGAAGGACCACCUAUGGACUACAGGGGUGGAGAUGGUACUCCUAUGGAUUAUAGAGGUAGGGAGACACCUCAUAUAAAUUAUAGAGACAGGGAUUCUCAUACUGUUGACUUCAGAAGUAGAGAUGUUCCUCCAACUGACUUUAGGGGGCGGGGCACUUAUGAUUUAGAUUUUAGAGGCCGAGAGGGACCCCAUUCCGAUUUUAGGGGAAGAGACUUAUCAGAUUUGGAUUUCAGAUCCAGAGAUCAGUCUCGUUCUGAUUUUAGAAACAGAGAUGUAUCUGAUUUGGACUUCAGGGAUAAAGAUGGAACACAGGUGGACUUUAGAGGCCGAGGUUCAGCUACUACUGAUCUAGAUUUUAGGAACAGGGAUACACCACAUUCGGAUUUCAGAGGUAGACAUCGUACUAGGACUUACCAAGAUUUUCGGGGCAGAGAGGUAGGACCUUGUAUGGAAUUUAAAGAUAGGGAGAUGCCUCCUAUGGAUCCAAAAGUUUUGGAUUACAUUCAGCCUUCUCCACAAGAGAGAGAACAUUCUGGUAUGAAUAUGAACAAGAGAGAAGAAUCCAUACAUGACCAUGCAGUAGAAAGACCUGCUUUUGGUGUUCAGAAGGGAGAAUUUGAGCAUUCAGAAACAAGAGAAGGAGAAACACAAAGUGGAACUUUUGAACAUGAAUCUCAAUCAGACUUUCAAAACAGCCAAAGUCCAGUUCAAGAACAAGAUAAGCCAAAGCUUUCUGGAGGUGAACAACAGAGUUCAGAUGCUGGUCUGUUUAAAGAAGAAGGUGAUUUGGACUUUCUUGGCCAACAAGACACUGAUUACAGAAGCAUUGAAUACUGUGAUGUGGAUCACAGGUUGCCAGGAAACCAGAUUUUUGGCUAUGGCCAGAGCAAGUCAUUUUCUCAGGGCAAAAUGUCCAGAGAUGCCCAACAAGACCUUCAGGAUCAAGAUUAUAGGACUGGCCCAAGUGAGGAGAAACCUAACAGGCUUAUUCGAUUAAAUGGGGUUCCAGAAAAUGCCACAAAAGAAGAGAUUCUUAAUGCCUUUCGAACUUCUGAUGGCACGCCUGUAAAGGAGUUGCAGUUGAAGGAGUAUAACACAGGUUACGACUAUGGCUAUGUCUGCGUGGAAUUUUCACUCUUGGAAGAUGCCAUCGGAUGCAUGGAGGCCAACCAGGGAACUCUAAUGAUCCAUGACAAAGAGGUCACUCUUGAGUAUGUACCAAGCCCAGAUUUUUGGUACUGUAAACGAUGUAAGGCUAGCACUGGUGGCCAUCAGUCUUCUUGUUCAUUCUGCAAGGGCCCAAAGGAAGAAGUCAAGCAGGAACUAGUGUCCUAUCCUCAACCUCAGAAAACAUCCAUACCAGUACCUUCAGAUAAACAGCCCAACCAGCCACGACCUGCUGAUAAGGAGCAUGAACUCAGGAAACGGGAGGAAGGCCAAGAGUCAAGAUUAGGACAUCAGAAGAGAGAUACAGAAAGAUACUUCCCUCACUCUCGAAGGGAAGGGCUUACUUUCCGAAGAGACCGGGAAAAGGAGUCAUGGUCUGGAGAGACACGCCAGGAUGGGGAGAGUAAAACAAUCAUGCUAAAACGUAUCUAUCGUUCCACUCCACCUGAAGUAAUAGUUGAAGUGCUGGAGCCCUACGUGCAUCUCACUACUGCUAAUGUCCGCAUCAUCAAGAACAGGACUGGCCCCAUGGGUCACACUUAUGGUUUUAUAGACCUUGACUCCCAUGCAGAAGCUCUUCGAGUAGUGAAGAUUUUGCAGAACCUUGAUCCACCAUUUAGUAUUGAUGGGAAGAUGGUAGCUGUAAACCUGGCCACUGGAAAACGAAGAAAUGAUUCUGGGGACCAUUCUGACCACAUGCAUUACUAUCAGGGUAAAAAAUAUUUCCGAGAUAGGAGAGGAGGAAACAGAAAUUCAGACUGGUCCUCGGAUACAAAUCGACAAGGGCAACAGUCAUCAUCUGACUGCUACAUAUAUGAUUCUGCUACUGGCUACUAUUAUGACCCCUUGGCAGGAACUUACUAUGAUCCCAACACCCAGCAAGAAGUCUAUGUGCCCCAGGACCCUGAGUCACCUGAUGAAGAAGAAAUCAAGGAAAAGAAAUCUACCAGUCAAGGAAAGUCAAAUAGCAAGAAAGAAUCGUCUAAAAGAGAUGGCAAGGAGAAAAAAGACAGAGGAGUGACAAAGUUUCAAGAAAGUACCAGUGAGGGGAAGCCUCCCCUAGAAGAUGUUUUUAAGAAGCCUCUACCUCCUACUGUGAAAAAGGAAGAGAGUCCUCCUCCACCUAAGGUGGUAAAUCCAUUGAUUGGUCUCCUGGGUGAAUAUGGAGGAGACAGUGACUAUGAGGAAGAGGAAGAAGAGGAACAGGCUCCUCCUGUGCAGCCUCGCACAGCACAGCCUCAGCCUCAGCCUCGAGAGGAGAUGACCAAGAAAGAGAAUGAAGACGACAAACUCACUGACUGGAAUAAACUGGCUUGUCUGCUCUGCAGAAGGCAGUUUCCCAAUAAAGAAGUUCUUACCAAACACCAACAACUGUCAGACCUGCACAAGCAAAACCUGGAAAUUCACCGGAAGAUAAAGCAGUCAGAGCAAGAGCUCGCCUAUCUGGAGAGGAGAGAGCGGGAGGGAAGGUUUAAAGAAAAAGGAAAUGACCGAAGGGAAAAACUACAAUCUUUUGAUUCUCCAGAAAGGAAACGGAUUAAAUACUCCAGAGAAACAGACAGUGAUCGUAACCCUGUUGAUAAAGAAGACACUGACACUAGUAGCAAAGGAGGCUGUGCCCAGCAGGCCACUGGCUGGAGGAAAGGGGCGGGCCUGGGAUAUAGCCAUCCUGGAUUGGGUUCAUCAGAGGAGAUUGAAGGGCGGAUGAGGGGACCUGGGGGUGGUGCCCCAGGAAGAACCAGCAAGAGACAGUCUAAUGAGACUUACCGAGACGCUGUUCGAAGAGUCAUGUUUGCUCGAUAUAAAGAACUGGAUUAAGAGUGGAGACACCCCGCAGGACACAAUUUCCUCUUUGUUUUGUUUGUCCUUUUCUCCUUUUGUUUUGUUACUGUUCUUGCUGCUAGAACUUUUUUAAAUAAACUUUUUUUCAAUGUGAAUAAA